GCCGCGCAGGAGAGCCCCAGGGGCCCCCAGCCGCCCGCCAGGGCCGCUCAGGUCUGCCCCUGCUGCCCACCCAGGUUCUCCCAGCUCCAGCGGCUGACCCUCAUCCACUGGAAGUCGCAGGUGCACCCCGUGCUGAAGCUCAUCAGUGAGUUCUGUCCCCGGCUCAGCUUCCUCAAGCUCUCGGACUGUCAUGGCGUGGGCCCGGACGCGCUGGCCUCGCUCGCCAGAGCCUGCCCCCAGCUGCACAGCCUGGACAUCCAGCACUCCUCGGUGGAGUCCGCAGGCGUGGUGCGCUUCCUGGAGGAGGUGGGGCCCCGGAUGCGCAGACUGUGGCUGACCUACAGCCCCCAGACCACGGCCAUUCUGGGCGCGCUGCUGGGCAGCUGCUGCCCCCAGCUGCAGCUCCUGGAGGUGAGCGCCAGCAUCAGCGGCCACAGCACGCCCCUGCAGCUGCCCCUGGAGGCCCUGCAGAAAGGCUGCCCCCAGCUGCAGGUGCUGCGGCUCCUGAACCUGCCCUGGCUGCCCAAGCCCCCGGGGAGAGGGCCGCCGGGACCCGGCUUCCCCGGCCUGGAGGAGCUCUGCCUGGCCAGCCCCGGCUGCCACGCCGUGAGCAACGAGGUCCUGGCCCGCCUGCUGCACGGCUCCCCGCGCCUGCGCCUCCUACGGGCGGUGCUUCUUCCAGCUGGUCCUGUGCGGCCACAAGCUGGAGCCGCUGGUGCUGGUGCAGCUGUCCGAGCGCUACGAGCAGGUGGAGUUCCUGGGCAGGCACAUCGCGCGGAAGCUCAACAUCAACUACUUCGACCACCUGGCCACGUCCUACCGCCACGUGGUGCGCCACUGGCCGCUGGGGGCCACCUUCAGCCCCGGCAUCACCUCGAGAGCUCCUACGGGCGUGCCCGCAGCGACCUGGGCGUGCGUCUGCAUGAGAAAGGCCAGGGAGUGCAGCCGCAUGUGGUGCCCGUUGACCCAGCCAUGCACAGACCGGCACCCACACGCCCGCUUUGCUUGGGCUGCCACCGCGAGGCUGCCAGGGCAGCGGGAGAGAGUGCCGAGCUCCAGGGGGUGGGCAUGGAGUCCAGUGGGCUGCCCACCUGCCAGGGCAAAGGCCGUGGCCCUGUCUCCCCUGAAGGCUGGGUCAGGGACCAGCACUACAACUCGCCCUCCCGGGUCAUCGUGAUCCUGCAGGAGUUCUGCAACCAGCUCAUCGAGAUGAUGAAUUGGCUCUGUGCCAGGAGCCGGGUAGCUGAAGGCCCCAGGCUGAGGCUGGGGGAGCCCAAGGUCAAGCUGAUCCGGAAGGGCCGAGUGGGAGUGCGCAGGCUGCGGGCCUGCGUCUGA